AUGUCAGUCGAUAUCCAGCACAUUCUUUCGAACGUCCAGACAGGUCUUCAAGAUCAAGCAGAGAAGGUGAAAGAAGCAACAAAGAAUCGAGAUAAUUCGGCGCAGAAUAUCGCCAAAUUGGAAGCUCAGUUGAGCGAGACCAAAGUUGUCAUGGACGAACUCGAGCAUGUCCCAGAGGGUCGAAAUAUUUACAAGUUGCUUGGCCCGUGCCUGGUUCUUCAAGACAAAGAAAUUGCAAUGCAGACGAUUAAGAAUCGCCACAGUCAUAUGACCUCAGAAUUGAAAAAAACUGAAGAAAACACGAAGAAAUUUAGCGAGCAGAUCAUCAAGGAACAAGCUGCUCUCAAUGAUUUGGCAGAAAAAGCCGAGCAAAUCAGACGAGCCAUCACUCAGCAAACCUAG